GAGUCUAUUUUAAGUGCAAAUUUUUUAAGCCUUUUUGUUAAUAUUAGACGAAUAAUAAGCAACCAAUCUGCAAUUAUUGCGUUGGCAAUAACACUGUUAUUGAAUUAAAAACGAUGUUUUUCUAAUUCGUAGAAUAUUAACAAGUGCAACAGAAAAUUCCUUUUAAAUUCAUCAACAUGGAAGCCCAGUCCUCGGAACACCACAAACGACUGGAAUACUGCACUACAAGACUGAAGUACCGCCAGGGUCGAGAACUCAAAGCUGUAAAGGUCUAUACAGUCGCCAGUGAGUCGCGGCAUUUGCUGAUAUUUGGUGUACCGAAGGUAAACCUUCAAGCCGAACUCAAGGCCAAGCUACAGGCAUUUGGCAAACUGCAGUCUUGCAUUUCCAUAACUUCAGAGAUGGCUCCAAAAAUGGAACUGGAAGCCUUUACGGAUGUGUUUGCCGUGAAGUUUGAACGCCUGGAGGUGGCCAGAAGAGCAAAGAAGGUGCUCGACGCCCGUCAGUUCUUCGGCGGCAUUUUACACAUAUCCUACGCUCCAGAGCGCGAAUCCCUCGAAGAACUCAGGGAGAAGAUGGUGCAACGCAGGCAGGAGGUGGCUCUACGCAUCCAAAGAAAUCAAAGAGACCAGCCUCAUGCGCCAAAGAAGAGCCGGGAAACCAGUUGACUA